AUGAGAAAACUUGUGGGCACUCGACACUUGCGGUCGGAAGGUACAAAACGUCUCGUCUUCUCAUCGUCGUUAUCAUCUGGAAAAUCUCUUAAAAAGCAUCAAAAUGGACUCGGAGUUGAGGAUGCAAAAUCUUCUUCGUUGUUAUUUAAUAAUGGCUCUGGUCGUCGUGGAGGUAUCCGAUUGAUGAUGGAAGCUUGCGAGAGUUUUCAAGAAAGAAAUUUUCAUCAUCCAAUGAAUCCUCAUCGCAAGGAAUUGCAAUCGGUGGUGUAUCAAGAAAAAUCUCUUAAAGAAGGAGAUGUCAUUGAUGGGUGGGUUUUGGAAACAAUUCAAGAAUUGAAGGAAUUUGAUUUGGUGGCAUAUCGUUUAAAACAUACACAAACAGGAGCUGAAUAUUUACAUUUAGACGCUCCUUUUGAUAUGAAUAAUUGUUUUGCCAUUACAUUUGAAACACCUCCAAACGAUGACACUGGAAUACCACACAUUUUAGAGCAUACAACAUUAUGUGGAAGCGAGAAAUAUCCUGUCCGAGACUUGUUCUUUAACAUGAUGAAGAGAAGCUUAAAUACCUACAUGAAUGCAUACACAGCUAGUGAUCAUACGACAUAUCCAUUUAGUACUCAAAACGAAAAAGAUUUUUAUAAUUUAAUGUCUGUUUAUUUGGAUUCUACACUAAAACCUAGAAUUUUGAACACAGAUUUCAAACAAGAAGGUCACAGAUUAGAAUUUGAAAAUCCUCUCGAUCCAAAUUCUCCAUUGAAAAUUAAAGGAGUUGUCUAUAACGAAAUGAAAGGAGCUAUGAGUGACAGUAAUCAGUUUUUCGGCACGCAGUUACACAAAGCCAUUCUUCCUGGUACAAUUUAUGCCUUCAACAGCGGUGGAGAGCCGCAAGCUAUUCCCAAUCUAACUUAUGAAGAAUUGAAAAAUUUCCACAAGCAAAACUACCAUCCAAGUAGAGCGAAAAUAUUUACCUAUGGUUGUUUCUCCUUCCUAAAGCACAUUAAAUUCAUGAAUGAGAAUGCCUUUUCAAAAUUCUCAGCACUUCCGCCAAGAAAGGUCCCAAAGCAAGUGAAAAGAUUUACUGAACCAAAGAGAGUUGAGGUUUUAGGACCUCCUGAUUCUAUGGUCAUUGAUGAACAGAAACAAACCAAAUUUGCCAUUGCCUAUGUGAUGAAUGACAAGAGUGAUGCAUUCGAAACAUUUUCUCUUUCAUUUCUUUCAGCAUUGUUAAUGGACGAACCAAGAGGUGUAUUCUAUAAGAAUAUUAUUGCUUCAGGAUUGGCUCCUGAUUUUGCUCCUUACUGUGGAUUUGACUCGAGUGUUGGUGAUCCAAUAUUCACGAUUGGAGCUCAAGGUAUUGCUAAGGAUCAAGUUGAGGCCGUAGAGAAGGCCAUCGACGAUACAUUCCAUGAAGUAAUUGAGAAUGGAAUUGAUCAAGGACUGAUUGAUACUGUUCUUCAUAGCUUGGAGUUGUCCAUCAAGAAAAAGUCUCCAAACUUUGGUGUCAAUAUUUGUUUUCCAGUGUUCUCAAAUUGGAUUCACAAUGAUGAUCCAAUUAGCACAUUCAAAAUUAACUAUUACUUGGACAGACUGAGAAAGGAAUUGGAAAAUCCAAACUUCUUCAAAGAUAAGAUUAAGAAAUACUUCCUCAAUAAUACUCAUAAGGUCAUCUUUGUGAUGAAUCCAGAUCCCAAUUACUUUGAUAAGCAAGAAGCCAUGGAAGCAGCAAAGCUCGACUCAAUUGUGAUGGCGCUUUCUGACUCUGACAAGACACGAAUCGUUGAGGAAUAUAAGGAAAUGGAGGAAACCAAAGUUGAGCAGGCAAAGAAUGUUGAGAUUUUACCAACAUUAACUGUAGAUGAUCUUUCGAGAAAAAUUAUUGAUGUACAAAUGGUUCAACUCGUGAAGGAAAAAGCCGAGCCUGAAUUUCAUAUGAAUGUUGUGAAAGGUACCAAUGGAAUUAUUCACGUGACAUCCAUAGUUCCAUUCUCUCUUGGCGAAGUUCCAGAACAUUUACAAAAAUUCGUUCCAAUAUUUGGAGAUCUUCUUGUAAGAGUGGGAACAAGCAAGUGGAAUUACCUCCAACUCGCUCAUCAAAUUGAACUCUAUACCGGUGGAGUUGAUGCCUCUCCUGUUCUCGUUCCAAGUCUCGAAAAAAUCGAUGAAUUUUCGUUUGCUCUCAAAUUUUCCUCUUAUUGUUUGGAACGAAAUGCAGAGAAAAUGGUCGACUUGAUGAGAGAAAUUUACACAGAUGUGAACUUCCUUGGAGAUUUGAAUUUCUUACAAAAUUGCAUUGAUCAAGCUGCAUCUGAUGCUGCAAGUGGAAUCUUACACAGUGGACAUCACUAUGCCAAAACUCAUGCUGCUGCUAACAUUUCAUUCUAUGAUUCAUUGAUUAAUGCCACGAGUGGAAUUGAUGCCAUGAGGUUCUUGAAACAGCUCUCCACGGAAGCCAAUACUGAACUCAUUGCCACCUCACUUCAAGAACUUGUGCCUUAUUUAUUGAGAAAGAGAAAGAUGAAAAUUCUCAUUACCUGCGAAGAGCACCAACGUGAUCGAAUGAUGAGAAUAAUGGAAAGACAUUUCUAUGAAGCGAUUGAAAAUGAAACUGUGACGAGUGAGGCCAAGAUGAAAGCUCAACUCGAAUUUAAACCCAAAUUUAUCAACACUUAUCUUUCCAUUCCAUCCUCGGUGAGUUUUGUGGGUAGAGCACUAGUGACUACACCAUUUGCUACCAAGGACUCUGCCCUUCUUCGAGUGGUCUCUUCCAUUCUACACUCCAAUUAUUUGCAUCAGGAAGUGAGAGAACGCGGAGGCGCCUACGGCUCCAAUGCCUCUCAAAGUAUGAAUGGCGUUUUUACCUUUUCGUCAUAUAGGGAUCCAAAUCCAAAUAGAACCAUUGGUAUUUGCUCCAAUGUUGCCGAGUGGAUUCAGAUGAAAGACUCUGUCACUCCAAAAACAAUUCAAGAAGCCAAGUUGCAAGUGUUCCAACAUUUGGACUCACCUGUGACACCUCAUGCUCACGCCCAGAGUAAAGUUGUAUUUGGAAUUGAUGACGAGUUGAGACAAUUCAGAAGAAAUGUUAUUUUAGAUGCAACACGCAAUGAAAUUAUUGACACGUGUGUGAAAUAUUUGAGUAAUUCAAAUGUUGCGACUACCAUCAUUGGAGGUAAUUUUGAAAAGGAUAUUUCAAACGAGACUCAAAGAAAAUGGGUAGUUGUGAGGGAGGAAAUGGAUAAUUCAUUCAACGACAUGCAAAGUAAUAAUACCAUGACUCAGUAG